AUGGAUUCGAUGGAGUCCUUCAACUUCUGCGAGAUGCCAGUGGCCGUGCACCGCGCGACGUUGGCUGGACGAGAAUUGCUGUUUUGGGCGGCGGCGCGACAGGCAGAUGUGCCUUUCGAAAUGGAGGAAGUAUCCGAAGUCUCCAAGUUGCUGCCGGAAGACUUCAACGAUGAUGGCAUCCUGAACAGCAUGUGCGCCUGCGUUUUCGACACCGUGCCUGCGCUCUGCUGGCGCCUCUCCAGGGAGGCAUUCGUGGGCAGAGCGCUGGAGCUGGGCUCUGGGAUGGGGCUUCCUGGCUUGUGGCUGGCCGCGUCCGGGGCACACGUGACCCUGACAGACUGUCAUCCAGGAGUCCUGCGGCUUCUGCAAUUGAACGUGGAUUUGAACAGCCUGCAAGGCCGGGCGGACGUCAAAGCACUUCGCUGGGAGGAGGAACCUCUGUGGCUGGCAGGCUUCGACCUGGUGAUUGGUUCGGACAUCCUGUAUGAAAUCCCUGGCUUCAGUCUCUUCAAUGCAGCUGCUUGCGCCUUGCGGCCGGGUGGGCGUCUGGUUCUUGCCAACACCAUUCGCGGCGCAAGCGUUGGAGUGGCCGCGAUCCAACGUCAUGCAGCCGCAGUGGGCCUUUGCCUCAUCGAGUCCGUGGAGGCUGCGGCGGGCGAGGCACCCCCGAGACUUUUCAGUCCACGACGUCUGAUGUCUGCACUUCCUGCGCGCUGUCGCCCAUGUCAGGUUGCCAUCUUUGAGUUUCGGAAAGUCGGAGACGGCGAAGGCAAAAGGUAG